CAUCAUUUCCAUAGUAGGGAUGGGAGGGAUUGGUAAGACAACUCUUGCUCGAAUAGCUUUUAACGAUGAUAAUGUAAAAUCCCACUUUGACAAGAAAAUAUGGGUGUGUGUCUCCAAUCCUUUUGAUGAGAUUAGGAUUGCAAGAGCAGUUCUCAACUCUCUUGACGUUAGAGCAUCAAAUCUAGGUCAACUAGAACCUUUGUUAGAACGAAUCCGCAAGUCUAUUGAAGGAAAUAAGUUUCUUCUAGUCCUAGACGAUAUGUGGAUAGAUAGUCCUAGAAUUUGGGAAGAAUUUAAGCAUUCUCUUAGAUAUGGUUCUCAAGGAAGUAGGAUUUUGGUUACAACUCGUAAGACAAAUGUUGCAAACAUCAUGGGAACGACUAACAUGAUCAAACUAGAGACAUUGUCAGAGGAUGAAAGUUGGUCAUUGUUUAGUCAGGUGGCGUUAUCAGAAAGGAGUGGUGAAGAAUGUGAAAGAUUAGAAAACAUUGGUAGAACAAUUGUAGGCAAGUGCAGGGGCUUGCCACAUGCUAUCAAGACUUUAGGGAGUAUUUUGCGCUUUAAAAGACAUAGUAUAGCAUGGAAAAGUGUCUUAGAUGAUGACUUGUGGAAAGAAGAUGAGAUAGCAAAAGACCUUUUCCUGCCUUUUCUAUUUUGCUAUUAUGAUUUACCCCCUAAGUUGAGAAAUUGCUUUUUAUAUUGUGCCAUCUUCCCAAAAGGCUAUGAAAUAAGGAAACAUAAAUUGAUUGAUCUAUGGAUGGCUCAAGGGUAUCUAAAAAAAGAAAGAAAUGUAGAUAUGGAGAUAGUUGGCGAAGAGUAUUUUGAAACAUUAGCAAUGCGGUCUUUCUUCCGAGAUUUUGAAUUAGAUGGUGGCAUAACAAAGUGCAAGAUGCAUGAUAUAAUGCAUGACUUUGCUCAAUAUCUUGGACAGAAUGAAUGUUUUUCUAUAGAAGUUGAUGGUCAUGUAGUCUCAGGGUUAGAGCUUUCUCAUAGAGGAUCUCGACAUUUAAUAGUAAUAGGGAACUCGAUUCCUAAUUCUAUUUAUAAUGAGAAAGCACUGCGGAGCCUUAUUGUCAAUACUACAGUUGAUAUAGAGGUUAGAGCAGAUCUACCCAAAUUAUUUGACCAGUUCACAUCUCUAAGGUCACUAGAUUUGAGUUUCUUUUCAAUCGAAGAACUUCCAAGAGGAAUACAGAAAUUGGUUCACUUGAGAUACCUUAAUUUAUCUGGAAAUAACAGGUUAAAAGAAUUGCCUAAGGAAUUAUGUGAUUUAUACCAUUUAGAAACCUUAGAUUUCAGUGGUUGUUCAUAUAUUCAGAAGCUACCUCGAAGGAUAGGAAGAUUAAUCAAUCUAAGGUAUCUAAUAAACAUGAAUACUUUUAAUAUUAGUUACAUGCCGAAGGGAAUAGAGAGUUUGACAUGCCUUCGCACAUUAAGUGAAUUCAUUGUAAGUGGGGGUGGCCGCGAUAACAAAGCAUGAACUCUUGAAUGCUUGAAAUACUUGAAUCAUCUUCAGGGGUCUCUAACUUUAAAAAGAUUAGGAAACGUGACAGACAUUAAUGAAGUUAGAGAAGCAGAACUCAAGAGUAAGAAUAGACUUCUUUAUUUGAGAUUAUCGUUCUAUAAGUUGCAAGAUGUAAAGAAGAGGAAUAUUGUGGAGAAUGUAGUAGUUCUUGAAGCUUUAGAACCACCUCCUUUUUUAGAGAAAUUAAUAAUUGAAGAUUACAUAAGUAAAACCAUGUCCCCUAGUUGGAUGGCAAGGUUAACAAAGUUGAGGGAGUUGACGCUCUAUAAAUGCAUGAACUGUGAGCAUUUGCCUCCUUUAGGCAAGUUAUUGUCCCUUGAAUCACUCUCGAUUUGGUAUAUGGGAGGUGUGAAAAAUGUAGGGAAUGAGUUUUUGGGAAUCGGAAGUGGUGGAACAUUGUCAUCUUCAUCAGCUAUUGUCGCCUUUCCGAAAUUAAAAUAUCUCUCUAUUAACUAUAUGGAGGAGUGGGAGCAAUGGGAAGAGUGGAAUUACAAGAUUAUAGAAGAGGAUGUUUUAAUUAUGCCAAGUCUUCGUUUCUUGCAACUUAAUUCAUGUUGCAAAUUAAAGGCUUUACCGGAAUACAUUCUUCAGAUGACCACACUGGAAGAAUUGAGGAUCAAAUACUGCUAUGUUUUGAAUUUGGAAAAAUUAUGGCUAUCUUCAUAUAAAGAGGACAUUCCAUUAGCCAAUAUGAGGAUGUUAACUCUUGAUAGUUGCAUCAAUGUUGAAUACUUGCCUCCUUUGGGAAAAUUGUCAUACCUUGAAUCAAUCAUUAUAAAGAGAAUGGGCAGAGUGAAAAGAGUGGAUAAUGAAUUUAUGGGAAUAGAAAGUAGUGGCAGGCACAGAUCAAUUACUGUCUUCCCGAAAUUGAAAAUUCUUGUUUUUGAAAACAUGGAUGAAUGGGAAGAGUGGGAUAUUGCGAUAGGAGACGAAGAAAGUACAAUCAUGCCAUCUCUUCAGUGGGUAACAAUUCAAUGUUGUAACAAGUUGAAGGGACUUCCGGACCACCUUCUUCGAGCACCAAGACUGGAGCAAUUGACUAUCAAUCGGUGUUCUAUUCUGAAAGAACGUUACAGAGGGGAAAUGGGAGAGGACUGGACCAAGAUCUCUCACAUUCCCAACGUUCAAAUUCAUAGAUGAUUUUGAGAGGUCAUAGAGUUGAUGAAUGCAACCAAUAAAAGAUGACAUUGACCCACAGGUACUGUUAGUAGAUGUUUGCUGAGGAUAACGGAGAAUUGAGAUUGGAUUGCAUUUCCCUUUCUGGCUCUAAAAUACGUCGAAGUUUGUUGAAAGAAUCAAUCCUCGUGUAUGUUGGGCAGCUAUAAAUGCAAUCAAGGAGUUUCCAAGAAUGUUAUGCCUGAAUUUUAUAGAAAAUGGUGUGAGUAGCAUACCAGAGAGUACUGAAAUGGCAUAUCUCAUGCCCUGAAAAUCAAAUUGAUGAAGUAUUUUGUUCUACAGAAGAAUGGUAGGAGGUUAUACAUUCAAGUGGCAUCUCUUACUCCCCAAAAAGAUCAAAUUGGUUAGUAGUGCAGGGUAACUGCUAUAACCUCUGUUUCAAAGAAUCCUACACGUUUGGCUUUACAUGUUAGCAUUGAAACUUAAGGACCCUAAAGAUGUUGAAGAGUAACCGGAAGAAAGCUAUAUCCAUGAAUGUGAAAGCUUAGCCUGGGAAACUUCUUGUUGUUCAUGCAAAAAUGGGCCAACCAAUGGCUCAAAAAGCUGCACUAAGAUGAAUGAUUCAAUCGUUUUCAAAAUGUUUUUGAUAAAUAAGCUAGAACUGGAAUUUUGUUGAGAAACUGAAAAUUCCAAAUUGUGAGUGAAAAAGAUUUUAUUUUUAUUCAGAAAUUCUGCUUGUGGAUUUUUUCCUAUUAUUUGAACAGUAUUCAGAUUCUGUUUAGAGAAGACAGAGUUAGACUCCAUAAGCAUUGAGACCAACAAAAACAAAUAAGGGAAGUGAAAAUAAUAGUAAAAACUAUUGGGGUUGUUAGGAAUCUGAGACAAACCUCAGUCACUGACUUGCACUUAUAGAUCCUAGUACUGAUCAAAGUUUCAAACUUUAUAGUACUGAUUGCUGACAACAGUGUGGAGAGUUUGUGAGAGUCUCUUCACAGAA